AUGGAGGAUAAAAAGAAUCAACGACAAAGCCUGAAACCGAUUGCUUUUAUAUCGGUUGCUUUCAGUACCUUUGCUAUAUGUUCCAUUUUAAUAAUAUUCCCAUUAAUUAUCAAUUAUAUUCAAACACUGGAAUCAUCUGUUCAAGUAGAUCUUGAUUUUUGUCGUGCUCGGGCUCGAGAUAUAUGGAAGGAAAUGUUGGAUAUUGAAACGAAUGGACGUUAUGACUCCGGAAAAUUAGCACGUAUGGUAAUGGCACAUCGAGAAGUGAAACGUGAUACAAUGGCAGAUUUCUGGGCACGUCGAUUACAUGAUCAAGAGCUUCGUGAUGAACCAUAUCAAAAACCGGAAUUAUUUACAGAAAGUUAUACAAGUGGAGAUUGUUGCACAUGUUCACGAGGACCACCUGGUCCACCUGGACCACGAGGUCGUGAUGGUACACCUGGAACAGAUGGUGAAAUUGGUCAACUUGGACCACCUGGGCCACCUGCACCUUUCGAUGCUGAACUUCAAAAUCAAUUUCCACCGCAAUGCCCAUGCGAUUCACCACCUGGUGAACCUGGUCCCAAGGGACCACCCGGACCUGAUGGGCCACCAGGGCCACCGGGUCAGAAUGGUGAUGAUGGAAGGCCCGGAGAUCAAGGACCCAGAGGUCCACCAGGGCAACCAGGUCAACCAGGACAGCCAGGAAGAAAUGGACCACCUGGCGAGCCAGGAACAUAUAGGACAGAAGUUGGACCACCAGGUCGACCAGGCGCUCCGGGACGUCCUGGACCACCAGGAAGUGUUGGACCACCAGGUGCGAAUGGUGAAGAUGGUCCAGUUGGCUCGGCAGGUAUACCUGGUCCUCCUGGACAACCGGGACAACCAGGCCCAAGUGGACGACCAGGAGCUGUUGGACCACCUGGAGAACCUGGUGCACCUGGAACUUGUGGCCAUUGUCCACCAGCUCGUCUUGCUCCUGGCUACUAAAUCAAAUGUGAAAAACAAUGCAAGCAGUAGCAGUCAAUAUUAAAUUGAAUAUUCAUUGAAAAAUCACAGAUAAAGC